GCUGGUUGAAUGAGUUGUCUAUGAAAGCUACUUCAUCUGUGAGAAAACAGGCAGCUGCACCAGUGACUGGGUCAGUGCUCUAAAAUGAGUCUCUCUGGGGAGAGAGAGGAGGGGGGCCCUGCCUCUAAAAUGAGUCUCUCUGGGGAGAGAGAGGAGGGGGGCCCUGCCUCUAAAAUGCAUCUCUCUGGGGACAUGACACCAAAGCUAAGAGUCCAAUCAAGCAGGAGAGACCAGCCUCCCCUGUUCCCAGCUGUGUGUCCAUGAAGAGUGACUGGUCUAUGGAUCCUCCUAUAAACUUUAGAGAGGGAGACUUUUCUACUGAACAAAGAAAUCGACAGGAGAGAUCAGAGUCAGAGAUUCUCAGUGGUCAGUCUUCCCAGAGUCAUCAAACAGACCUGGCCUCCAUAUUCAGUUUGCUUGAAGAGAAAAUGAUGACAUUUGUGAAGAACGAGCUGAAGAUGUUCAAGAGGAUUCUUAGUCCAGAACUCCCAGAAGGCUUUGAGAGUCAGAAGCAGGAUAAGGAAGUGGUGGAUGCUGAAGAUGAGAAGCAGGAGAGCAGUGCCAGAGAGGGGGCUCUGAAGAUCACACUGCACAUCCUGAGGAAAAUGAACCAGAAGGAGCUUGCUGACACACUGGAGAAAUAUUCAGAUGAACUUGCUGCGAUUUGCCAAGGUGAACUCAAAUUGAAUCUAAAGAAGAAGUUUCAAUGUGUAUUUGAGGGGAUCGCCAAACAAGGAAACCCAACACUUCUCAACAAGAUCUACACAGAGCUCUACAUCACAGAGGGUGGAAAAGGAGAGGUCAAUAAUGAACAUGAGCUGAGACAGAUUGAGACAACAACCAGGAAACAAGCAAGACCAGAGACUGCAAUCAAAUGUAACGACAUCUUCAAACCCUUAACUGGACAAGACAAACCUAUCAGAACUGUGCUGACAAAGGGAGUCGCUGGCAUUGGAAAAACAGUCUCUGUGCAGAAGUUCAUUCUGGACUGGGCUGAAGGAAAAGCAAAUCAGGAUGUCCAAUUUGUAUAUUCAUUCCCUUUUCGGGAGCUGAAUUUGAUGAAAGAGGACAAACACACUUUCAUUGAACUUCUCAAUCACUUCUCAAUGGAAACCAAACAAUCAGGAAUCUCCAACUACAACAACUACAAAGUUCUGUUCAUCUUUGAUGGUCUGGAUGAGUGCCGACUGCCCCUAGACUUCCAGAAGAACAAGAUAUGUUGUACCGUCACAGAGUCAACCUCAGUGGAUGUUCUGCUGACAAAUCUCUUCAAGGGAAAUCUGCUUCCCUCUGCUCUCCUCUGGAUAACUACCCGACCUGCAGCAGCCAAUAAGAUCCCUUCAGGGUGUGUUGACCAGGUGACAGAGGUACGAGGGUUCAAUGACCCACAGAAGGAGGAGUACUUCAGGAAGAGAUUCAGUGAUGAGGACCUGGCCAGCAGAAUCAUCUCACACAUAAAGACAUCAAGGAGCCUCCACAUCAUGUGCCACAUUCCAGUCUUCUGUUGGAUUUCUGCAACAGUCCUUGAACACAUGCUGAAACAUAAGAGAGAAGAGAUGCCCAAGACUCUGACUGAGAUGUACACACACCUUGUGGUGUUUCAUACCAAACAGAAGAAUGAAAAGUAUCUUGGGAAAGAAGAGACAGGUCCACACUGGAAUAAAGAGAGCAUUCUGUCACUGGGAAAACUGGCUUUUCAACAGCUUGUGAAUGGCAAUCAUUUCUAUGAAGAAGACCUGAAAGAGGCUGGCAUUGAUGUCAAUGAAGCCUCAGUGUACUCAGGAUUGUGCACACAGCUCUUUAAAGAGGAAUGUGGGCUGUACCAGGACAAGGUGUACUGCUUUGUUCAUCUGAGCAUUCAGGAGUUUCUGGCUGCUGUAUAUGUGUUCCUCUCAUUCAUCAACAACAAUGAGAAUCUAAUGGACAAACUGUCCAGGAACAAAAACACAAGGCAGCCUGAAGUUACUGUCUACAAGAGUGCUGUGGAUAAAGCCUUACAAAGUGAGACAGGAAACCUGGACCUUUUCCUCCGCUUCCUUCUGGGCCUCUCACUGGAGUCCAAUCAGAAGCACUUACGAGGUCUACUGACAAAGACAAGAAGCAGCUCACAGAGCCAUGAAGAAACAGUCAAGUACAUCAAGGAGAAGAUCAGGGAGAAUCCCUCUCCAGAGAGGAGCAUCAAUCUGUUCCACUGUCUGAAUGAACUGAAUGACCAUUCUCUAGUGGAGGAGAUCCAAAGCUACCUGAGAUCAGGAAGUCUCUCAAAACCCAACCUGUCACCUGCACAGUGGUCAGCUCUGGUCUUUGUGUUGCUGACUUCAGAAAAGGAGCUGGAUGUGUUUGACCUGAAGAAAUACUCCAGAUCAGAGGAAGGUCUUCUGAGGCUGCUGCCAGUGGUCAAAGCCUCCAGAGCUGUUCUGCUGUCAGGCUGUGGAGUCACAGAGGAAGGCUGUGCUUCUCUGGUCUCAGCUCUGAGGUCAAACCCCUCACACCUGAGAGAGCUGGAUCUGAGUAACAAUGACCUGAAGGAUUCAGGAGUGAAGCUGCUCUCUGCUGGACUGGGGAAUCCCCACUGUAAACUGGAGACUCUGAGGCUGUCACGCUGUCUGGUCACAGAGGAAGGCUGUGCUUCUCUGGUCUCAGCUCUGAGGUCAAACCCCUCACACCUGAGAGAGCUGGACCUGAGCUACAAUCACCCAGGAGACUCAGGAGUCAGACUGCUCUCUGCUGGACUGGAGGAUCCACACUGCAGACUGGAGAAACUCAAUGUGGAACAUGGUGGAGAGUACACAAUGAAACCUGGGCUUAGAAAAUAUGUCUGUGAUCUCACACUGGACCCAAACACAGUAUUCAGACAGCUCUCUCUGUCUGAGGAGAACAGAAAGGUGACACAUAUGGGAGAGGUGCAGCCGUAUCCUGAUCACCCAGAGAGAUUUGAGGGCUGUGGACAGGUGCUGUGUAGAGAGCGUCAGAUGGGGAGCUGUUACUGGGAGGUAGAGUGGAGUGGGAGAAGGGUUGAUAUAGGAGUGACAUAUAAAGGAAUCAGCAGGAGAGAAGGGGGUGAUGACUGUUGGAUUGGAUACAAUUACAAGUCCUGGAGUCUGCGCUGCUCUGACAACAGUUACAGUGCCUGGCACAAUAAUAAUUCCACUACCAUAGACGUCCGCCCCUCCAGCUCCCACAGAGUAGGAGUGUAUCUGGACUGGCCAGCCGGCACUCUGUCCUUCUAUAGAGUCUCCUCUGACACACUGACACACCUGUACACAUUCACCUCCACAUUCAUUGAUUACCUCUAUCCAGGGUUUCAUCUUUGGUAUUAUGAUGCCUCAGCGUCCCUUUGUCAUGUGGUCCCUGCGUCAAACACUACAUGAUAUAUAUAUAUACUAGUCAGGGUUAUGUUCAGUAAGACACACUGGAGCAACAAUGUAGAAUGUGUAAACACAUGAAUGUAAAUAUUAAUGAAUUAACGCCAUUGAAACUGACAGGCAUUGUCAACUAGAGUCAUUCAUUAAUAGAAUGAAUCACCACACUGUGUUGUAGAAACUGGUUUCAUUAGUAGAAUGAAUCACCACACUGUGUUGUAGAAACUGGUUUCAUUAGUAGAAUGAAUCACCACACUGUGUUGUAGAAACUGGUUUCAUUAGUAGAAUGAAUCACCACACUGUGAUGUAGAAACUGGUUUCAUUUAGAUAUCACUGAUCUUGCUAUUGGGCUUCUUGGUGUUUGGUGUACAAGUAUCCUGUGUGUUUCUUUUCUCUCCUUCUCCCCUCACAGGUGAAAAUCAUCACUCCCCAAUCAGUCACCAUUCAUCAAUCAGAAG